AUGACUAUGAGGACUACCACAAUCGACAUUUCUGGGUUCCUCUGGAGAGAUGGGAUCGCGGGACGGAUAGAAAAGCCGGUAUUGAUGCAACUGAUCCUCUUCGCGAGUGCAUUCGCAUGCAUUUUUCUUUAUCACACUCGACACCAAGUCCCUAUCUACCAUCGAAAAUUUCACAAAAAUAAGAUAUAUCUCUAUGUUCACGUUAUCAUAGGGAUACUCGAAGCAUUCCGAUAUAGACUCUAUGUUGUCUUUCAAGGACAUAAUGAAGUCUUGCCUCAGGCCGGAGACAUUUUAGCCUGCUUCGUCUGGUCCUGGACAAGUUUUCAACUUGUCAAGACUCUCCGACGAGGAGACCCACGCACGACACGGCCACCUUACCAGGCGGGUGCAUGUCUUCGCCCUUUGGCAUCGCUCAUCUCUUACCUGUUCAGCAUACCCUGCCUCCAUCGGGUAUCGAUCGGAGCUCUAGACAGUUUUAUCUACGCUCGCUUGGCGAUUUUCUUUUUCUACUAUACACCAUAUAUCCGCUCAUUUUCAAGUUCGACUAUAUAUGCAAUUUCUAUUCCACUGGCUGCAACUCUGAGCAUCCAUCAGAGCAGGGUACCUGGCGCCAGUUUGGUUUAUAUACUUAUGGUCACAUACAUUACAAGAUUGAAUGAAUGGGUCACCGAGAAAUCGCGUACCUUACGCAGUCCAGGGAUAUCCGCAACCGUCUCGGAGAAGGAGAAAUUGCUCAUUUCAACACUUAUCAGAAUAGGGUUUGUGGAGUUAGAUGAACUACGGAUAGUGGAGCAGAGGAAAGAGUUAAAGCGACCUGUCUCUGAUGAAUAUGUUAAAUGGAGCCAGACUAAGCUGGAGGAUGAAACACCAAGUAAUGAGUGA